CUAAAACCCCCCAUUUCUUCUUAAACCCUACCCCUUCUCACUCCCCAACACACACCCCAAAUCGGCAACUCUGCUCUCUCUCCCUACCCACAUAAUCAUUGGCGAAAAUGCACCGGCUGUCGAGGCGUUCCGUCUCCGCUAUCCUCCGAAAUGCCGCUACGCGUUACCGUCCACUCUCAUCCUCGUUUCCUCUCGAUCAUCACCUGGCUGGACAGAAUGAUACGACAAAGAGAUGGUGUUCUGUGUUGACAACUGGUACCAGCAAUGGUAUUGGUGAUACCAAGCUGUUUAACAUGAAAAAUGGUCCUGUUGUGGGCCGUCGCUUUGAGUCUACUGCUGCUGCAUCUGAUGCAUCAUCCCCACCAGCUGAAAAAUUUGAGUACCAAGCAGAGGUUAGCCGUCUGAUGGACCUUAUCGUGAAUAGCUUAUAUAGCAACAAGGAUGUGUUUCUUCGGGAGCUUAUCAGCAAUGCAAGUGAUGCCUUGGACAAGCUGCGGUUCCUUAGUGUUACUGAUCCCCAACUUUUGACAGAUGGCGUGGACCUUGACAUCCGCAUCCAAGCUGACAAGGACAAUGGAAUUAUUACAAUUACAGAUACUGGGAUUGGCAUGACUCGGCAAGAGCUUGUUGAUUGUCUUGGUACUAUUGCACAAAGUGGAACUGCGAAGUUUUUAAAAGCAUUGAAGGAGAGCAAGGAUGCUGGUGCUGACAGCAACUUAAUUGGUCAGUUUGGAGUGGGAUUCUAUUCAGCUUUCCUUGUUUCGGAGCGGGUUGAGGUUUCAACAAAGAGCCCUAAAUCUGAUAAACAAUAUGUAUGGGAAGGAGAAGCCAACUCUAGUUCCUAUACCAUCCGAGAAGAGACCGAUCCUGCUAAGCUCAUUCCACGGGGAACUCGCCUGACUCUUUAUCUAAAGCAUGAUGACAAAGGGUUCGCACAUCCAGAAAGAAUUCAGAAGCUUGUUAAAAACUAUUCACUGUUUGUUUCCUUCCCAAUUUACACAUGGCAAGAGAAGGGAUACACUAAAGAGGUUGAGGUUGAUGAGGAUCCUGAUGAGGAUCCGGCUGAAGCUAGCAAGGGUGAACAAGAUGGGAAGACUGAGAAAAAGAAGAAGACUAAGACAAUAGUCGAGAGAUAUUGGGAUUGGGAGCUUACAAAUGAGACCCAGCCAAUAUGGCUCCGUAACCCUAAGGAAGUCACUACAGAGGAAUACAAUGAGUUCUACAAGAAAACAUUUAAUGAGUACUUGGAACCUCUUGCCUCUUCACACUUUACAACUGAGGGUGAAGUGGAGUUUAGGUCUAUUCUGUAUGUUCCAUCUAUAGCACCCACAGGGAAGGAUGAUAUAGUGAAUCCCAAGACAAAGAAUAUAAGGCUCUACGUCAAACGUGUAUUUAUUUCUGAUGACUUCGAUGGUGAACUGUUCCCUCGAUAUUUGAGCUUCAUUAAAGGUGUUGUGGACUCAAACGAUCUUCCUUUGAAUGUCUCACGUGAAAUCCUUCAAGAAAGUCGUAUUGUGCGGAUCAUGAGGAAACGUCUGGUGCGAAAGGCCUUUGACAUGAUUCUGGGAAUAACUAUGAGUGAGGAUAAAGAUGACUACGUGAAGUUCUGGGAGAAUUUUGGCAAACACAUAAAGUUAGGCUGCAUUGAAGAUCGUGAGAACCACAAGCGCAUUGCUCCACUAUUACGGUUCUUCUCAUCCCAAAGCGAGGAGGAUAUGAUCAGCUUGGAUGAGUACGUGGAGAACAUGAAACCUGAGCAGAAAGAUAUUUAUUAUAUUGCUGCGGACAGCGUAGCUAGUGCAAGGAAUACACCCUUCUUGGAGAAACUUGUUGAAAAGGAUAUUGAAGUCCUUUUCUUAGUAGAUCCUAUAGAUGAGGUUGCCAUACAAAAUCUGAAAUCAUACAAAGAGAAGAAUUUUGUUGACAUCAGCAAAGAAGAUUUAGAUCUGGGUGACAAGAAUGAGGAGAAGGAAAAAGAGAUAAAGCAAGAAUUUGGUCAGACUUGUGACUGGAUCAAGAAACGCUUAGGUGACAGAGUUGCCAGCGUUCAAGUCUCAAAUCGUCUCAGCACAUCACCUUGUGUUCUUGCCUCUGGGAAGUUUGGUUGGUCUGCCAAUAUGGAGAGGCUGAUGAAAGCACAAACUGUUGGCGAUCCCUCAAGCUUGGAGUUUAUGAGAAGCAGAAGGGUUUUUGAAAUCAAUCCAGAACAUCCCAUAAUCAAAACUUUGAAUGCUGUGUGCAAGAGCAAUCCGAAUGAUGAGGAAGCUCUGAGGGCAAUUGAUCUUUUAUACGACACAGCUUUAAUUUCCAGUGGUUUCACUCCUGAGAGUCCUGCACAGCUUGGAGGAAAAAUUUAUGAGAUGAUGAACAUGGCUCUUCUAGGCAAGUGGGGUGCAUCUGCAGAUGGGUUUCAGCAGCAAGUAAAUCCCACUUCAUACGUGCCAGAAACGAUUGAAGCUGAGGUCGUCGAGCCCACUGAAGCUGGUUCGAAAAAAUGAUAGGUGAAGACACUCAUAUAUCCAUGCCUUGGUAGUGAUAUGCAUAGUAGUUUCAGUAGAGUUGGUCAGAUUGAGAUCCAUGAUGGACGUUGCCGCACUUUUAGUCUGUUGUGCUGCGCUGACAAAUUAUCAGGGCAUGGACGAGGUAUGUAGUUUUGUUCCAAGAGAAACAUGUUUUCCGAGUGAUAACUGCAGGAGCAAAGAAUGUUGAUUAUCACGAAUUUGAAUAGAAAAUGAAUAGAUGUAAUAAGAAAUUAUUAUUCACAGAAGCUGGUGAUGUCUGUUUCAUCAGUAAGAGUUAUAUGAUCACUGGAUCUUCUUAUUGGUUUUGUAGUCAUUGCAACGCGAAUUGCCUUCUCCUCCGUUAGUUAGAUUAACAGGCGUUAGUUGUUGAUAUCAGCCAAACAUAUUAGGUAACCUAUCUAUUUUUGUUCUUGGUAGGAAUAGGAUGUUUUGUAAUCUUCUGCUGACCAAAAUACUUGGGGAGGGGAGGGUGAAUUUGUAAUUUCAAAUGGGAUUGAAGACUUGCAAAUUUGGCCAA